AGUUCGCGCAGUAGUUUCUUCGAGAUGAGGCCAAAAUGGACGUUCGCAUUCGCGCGUGCGCGCUGCUGGCAAUAUGGCUGACCUGGCUGGAAAUGGCGAUUCCCUACAACAUCCGCAAUCACCCAUGCUGUCAAGACAUAAGCGAGAACCUGACCCUGGCCAUGAUCAUAGACGCCUUCGAGAUCUACGGCCACGACCCCACGGACAAGCUGGACAACCUCUGGCUGUACCAGCAGGAGAUGCUCAAGGUCAAGACUGCUGAGGACCAGUACAUAAUCAACGAGCGAGUGCACGUCGCAACGGACCAUCUUAGCCGCUUCAUUCAGCUCCACGUAAAAGAAUUGAAGGCAAAGCUUAUAGAAUUCACAACCUGA